UCACAAAGCGCGUAAUAUCAAUUUGUUUUCGAACAGCAGAGUCCAGGACCUCGCUUUCACGCAGGGUGUGUGGAAACCAAGUUGAGAAUAGAGUUCGAAUUUGCAUAUGAAUUUGCAUAACACAUACUUUUCCCGGUUCAGAGCUUUAUUCGGCAGAGAGAAGUUUCUUCCUUUGCCACUAUUUUAUUGAAACACCAUGAAAUCAGUAGACGAGAUAUUACCUUGGGAUCGAUAACGCACGAUGACUAGAUUGUUUAAAAGUUCAGAAGAGACGUUUGAUGUGGUCCUGUCCGGCGGUUCGCCAUGGGGUUUUACAUUACAAGGAGGCAGCGAAUUCAGAACGAAACUUUCUGUCUCAAAGGUAAGUCAAUCAGAAUAUUUUUUUCUUUAGAAGCUUGACCGAUUCCUUAGGUAGCAAUAAACCCAAAAAGGAAAUGAUGGUAUCUUUGAUAUCCUCUAGAAUUUCGCCUCUAGCGGUCUUUGUUUACUGUGGUGUUUUUGUCGUCAGAAUUGUGGGUAGAGAUCGAUUGGGUAGAUUUCCAUAUCCAAAAUAGACUCACAGAGACCGACACCGGUCGUAUUAGCGGCUUUUGUAUAAAUAGAACUUCCUAACCAUACAUCUCUGAUUGGAGAUGAACGUUUGUGAUUUUUGAGUAUAAAGUUACCUUCCUGGUUCAAUUCUUGGUGAAACACUAGCCGAGUUUUCCUUGGACAACGAUCGCUAGCUUCCGCAGAUUAUUGACGCGUUGACUGCGAUUUUAGCAUGAUUCUCACCUAAUUACGUUCCUUAAAUGAGUGGUCGAUAUUGAAGGACCCUUGUCGAGGCCGUCGAAGUUUGCUGAAUAUAAAGUAAUCGAAGAGAAUAUUCGAGAAGCUAGCACGUAUUAGCGAACAAGUGCAUCAAUACCUGACAAAAUUCCCAGCACCCGUCAUGAUUGACAUGCGAAGCUUAUCAGCGGCUCCGUGUUGAUUGCAAAAUUUGCAAGAUGUUGUGCCCAUUACCUGACAGAAUGCAGAGUUUAAAUAUUGUGUUACGUUCAUGUUGUGCUAAAAUCUUUCGCAUUCCACAGUAACGUCGGCGGUAGUCUAAUUCUAUUAAGGUAUUCUCGACAAUGUUUUUGAGGGAUUAACGUCGUCAGACGAGGUUUGUGUGUUCUGAUGUAGAAUCUAGGAUUCUAAGUUACUCGAAUCUUGGCAACGUUAGUUCUGUUUGGGUACUUUUCGUGGUAAGACAACCCUGGUAAUGGCUGAACUGAACUAACGGCCCAACUGCGUAAGAUAUUUAUGCAAUUUCGAGUUUUUGCAGUGUCUUUGUGUUUGGCAAGGAACAGUGAAAUUUAUAGACAUGGUUGAAUGACUGUGGGAGUCAUGUAAUAUACUGAACUCGUGCUCCCGAGAACGACUGAUAUUUUCCUCAUAGUUAUUCAUGUUUUCCUUAUGUACAAGUUAAAUGUUUUGUAAAAGAAAAAUGACAGGAAUCUCUUCCUUUUGUAAUCUCCGGUUUCUGUUUUGCAGUUUUUUAUUUGUGUUCCUAUCCACAACCAAUUUGUUAGAGCGAACAAUUUUGAAGGGAACACGUCACAUUUCCUGCGCUGAUAAGACUUUCGUUUUGUCUUAGCUAAUAUCUGUAAAAUCACGAUAUUUUUUGCUCUUGGUUUUGGAGGCAAAAAUGACGAUGUGAAAUUGCUUCUUGAAUAACUUGUACGUUUGUUAUUUUCAGUGUGAAUAGUGGUUUAUCAAGAUUAGAAAGUAUUUAGGUACAAAACAGUUUUAUGUAAUUUUUUGUUCUGUUGCUAUUCUCGGGAAGGAAACGACACAUUAGCCUACCUCAAGUGUGAUAUUAAUUUGUUACAGUUUAAACCGUUGUAAGAUUAUUUAUUUUACUUAACACAUAUUUGAUCCAUAUUUGAAUUUACAGGAAAUCUGAUUACUAAAACAGGCAUUAUCCUGUCUACAACUGACCUUACUUUGAAUAUUAAUUAUUUUAAACUAACUUGUUAAUACGUGAAGUCUCUGUCAAAAUAAUCUUACUUUUUUGCUAAUUGAAGUGAAUUUUUUAAUGAAAUAUGCAGAUUUCUCUCUACAGUGUUGGUACUGCAAUCUAAUCCUUUUAAUAAUUACACUGUGCUAUAUAUUUGUUUUUAAUGGCUCUUAGANUAAAAGAAAAAUGACAGGAAUCUCUUCCUUUUGUAAUCUCCGGUUUCUGUUUUGCAGUUUUUUAUUUGUGUUCCUAUCCACAACCAAUUUGUUAGAGCGAACAAUUUUGAAGGGAACACGUCACAUUUCCUGCGCUGAUAAGACUUUCGUUUUGUCUUAGCUAAUAUCUGUAAAAUCACGAUAUUUUUUGCUCUUGGUUUUGGAGGCAAAAAUGACGAUGUGAAAUUGCUUCUUGAAUAACUUGUACGUUUGUUAUUUUCAGUGUGAAUAGUGGUUUAUCAAGAUUAGAAAGUAUUUAGGUACAAAACAGUUUUAUGUAAUUUUUUGUUCUGUUGCUAUUCUCGGGAAGGAAACGAUACAUUAGCCUACCUCAAGUGUGAUAUUAAUUUGUUACAGUUUAAACCGUUGUAAGAUUAUUUAUUUUACUUAACAAAUAUUUGAUCCAUAUUUGAAUUUACAGGAAAUCUGAUUACUAAAACAGGCAUUAUCCUGUCUACAACUGACCUUACUUUGAAUAUUAAUUAUUUUAAACUAACUUGUUAAUACGUGAAGUCUCUGUCAAAAUAAUCUUACUUUUUUGCUAAUUGAAGUGAAUUUUUUAAUGAAAUAUGCAGAUUUCUCUCUACAGUGUUGGUACUGCAAUCUAAUCCUUUUAAUAAUUACACUGUGCUAUAUAUUUGUUUUUAAUGGCUCUUAGAGAAUCAUCAGUUGACAGAUAUGAGAACUCACUGAUUCCAGCGAAAACUUACAUUUUCAGCAAUCCUAAAGUUUUAACAUCUUGUUCAGGCUCUCUGUUUUUGGUGAAGGGGGCUAAAAAUUUCAAGCACAUGUUUGGGAAAAAAUGAAUGAGAGGUAGUGAGAAAAUGGUUAUGGGGGAGUUCUUUCUAGUGCUUUACUUAAAGAAAAUUUUCACUCUCCUGGGAAGGUAACUUAAAUAUGUUCUAUUUCAAUUUGACAGAACCAAGCAUCAAUUUCUUCACAAAUAGCUUGUACUCUAUUUUCAUUUGAAUCCUUUUUGAGGUCAGGGUUAUUUUCGUGUUCAUUAAUAGUAUCCUUAAUAGAGAAACUGCAAUUUUUGAGGCAUGUUUUCAUGUAACUGUGAUACAUAAAAUUUUGAUGAUAAAAUUAUGCCUUAUAGAGAGUCAAAGAAAAUGGGCGAAGAGCUAGAGGGACUGUCUCUACUUGCCCUUUUAGGGAGGUGCCCAGUAAAGACAAUUUAAUUGUAUUGGUACACUGUAUUUCCUCUCUUACAAUGAGGUGCUAUUCCAUUACAAAUUCAAGCUCAGUGUUGGAGUAUGUUUACAGGAGUUUUGGUUCCCAGGCUCUCUUGGGCCUGGUUGAUUCUGGCAGUUGGUCAAAAGAGGUGAAAAUUGAAAAACUAAAAAUAUCCCUAGUAGGCCAGGGCUUCCAGUGAAACCCAAAAAGUUCAAGGACCAAACAUUAAGCGCCCCCCGAAAAAUCCCAUGCCCAUAAUAUUCUUUUACUGAAAUUCAUCAAAUAUUAAUCAUCUGCAAAACAAGUUUGGUUGUACUUUAUAACGCAGAGCAAUGCUGCUGGCAUGCUUGCACAGUACCCAAAAAAAUACCCGCCAAAUUUUCCUACCAAAUAUAUUUCAGAGUGGAAAAUUUCAAAUGCAAAAAAAAAACCUUCAAUCACCUUUUCACUUAACUCAGCAGUAACCACCUGGGGGUUUGGAUUAACCUAUUGGUAUUAUGUUGUUAGCACCCUUUAUGGAGAUUAGGGGUGAGACAGUAACUGAAGCAAACAGUUCCUUGCCUAUGGAAUUAAAUACCACAAUGAUUUUACACUGAUCAGUGUUUAGACCACUCAAUCCAACAGGUUAAGUAAAAAAUGCUACCUUUUUCUACCUUUUUUUCUUUUUACAUACAUGUGGGAGAAAAUCCAACUUUAAUCAAUCAAACCAGGGCAUUUGUGGGACAGUUUGUUAUGUUGACAUUUAUUUUCUUUAAUUACUGUGCAAAUCUUCAGCUGUAAAAUUUUAGUCUUUAAUAUUAUAUUAUCCAUCUGGUCAUCAUGUCUGAUGGCUGGUAGGAUUUUUUCAGUCAUGGGCAAAAUUUAGUUAGGCAUUGUCCAAUUACUGAUUGUUAUUUGUAGCCCAACUACUUUAGUCCCAUAUUAAAUUGUUUAGUUUAUACAAUGAUUCUACUACAGUGGAAGCUAUCGUAACUGACACUCUCAUAAACAAACAGCUCUACUUAUGGCUGUUUUUCUCAUUUCCAAUAAAAAUAUAUUUUUAUUUGUACAUUCCCCUGAGCGGUCAGCUUCAGUGAUGGACACCUUUUUUGCAUUCCAAGGGUUUCCGCUCACGAGAGCUUCCGUUGUAUACCAAUGUAAGUCAUUUGUUUAACGACAAAACUUGUAAUAAUGUCACAAAACAAAAACUAAACAGAUUUACAGUAUAUAUGACAUGUGUAAAAAUAAUGAUGAUGAUGAUGAUGAUGAUUUAUCUCUUUUCAAUUAACUUACAAAGUCACCAUCCUUUCCUUUUAUUGUAAGUAGCUAAGCGAAUUCAAGCAUAAAUGUAACCUCAGCUAUUUUUAUGUUUGUUUCGUCAAGUUGUAAUACGUACACGUUUUGUGUGAUGUAAAUUUAGCUUAAAUAAUAAAUUAAAUUAAAAAAAAAAGUUUCAGUGAAAAAAUUGAGAACUGUCAGUGGGACGGUUUAAUUGGCUACACAAUAUAUUAAUAAAUACCAUCAUUCAAGAUAUUUGCAUCUCCUUGCCAUGUUUUUCUAAAUAUUCAUAUAUCAUGUUCAUUGAACUAGAUGUUCAAUAGACUAUCAUAUUUUGUGGACUAAUGAAACCAACCUGAUAAUGUGCUCGAAAAUUGUAUUAAAACUGUAAAAAUUUUAAAAAACAGUUCUUUAGUUUUUCAGCAAUAAAUUGUAAAGAAAGUACACUGUAAAAUGCCUGUAAUAGUUUUUUUCACUUUCAGGCAUCUACAAUCUGUAGCAAAGAAUGGAGGCAUAUGCCUAAACAAAACAUUAUUCAUUAUUUUUGUAUUUAUUUAAGAAAAAUCUCCACAACAGCUAGACUAUGGGUGUGUCAGCACUCCGAUUUCCUUAUGAGCAUUCCAAACAUAUUUUGAUUUAUGCACGACUGCCUUGAUGUUAUGUGCUUUAACGAAUAUUGCACGCUUCAAAUUUAUUUUUUGUUAUAUUGUGAAAUAUACAGUAUUUAAAUGAACCGGUCCACACAUUCAGCAUUCCACUGAUUGUAAUUAUACUCGUAGAAGUAAAGGUUUUAUGUACAUUGAUAUUGUUUUUGAAUUUUUAUGAAUAUUUGUGUCUCAAUUAUUACCAGCUAUACUGCUUAAGAAUUUUAAGAAUUUUUUACAAGUUUUAGUCUUUGAUUGUUGAUAAAUCAGUGGGAAAAUAAGGAACGUCCUGUCUAUGUUUACAUCAUCAAUAUUUCUGUUUGUAGCAUGUCGUAUGCCUUCAGCUAGUCUUUUGUGACAUUCUUUUUGGUAGUUGAUGCAUGCACUAAUAUUGAAUAUUACAGAUUCUGUUCAUGUGAUCAAAGAGACUUAUUACUUUCUUUUUUAUGUUAAUGUGAUUUGGGCAGAGAUACAUCUUAAUGGUGUAACUGCUGAAUGACUACAUGUAAAUGAUGGUUAAGUAUUGUGGCCAAAUGUCUCAGUGUUGAAAAUUGUGGCCAAAUGUCUCAGUGUUAAAAAUUGGAGUGAAAGGCAAUGCUUAACAAUAAUUAUUAUUGUUGAUGCAGUUCUUGUAAUUCUUUUUCUUACUUUUUUGCUAAUUGAAGUGAAUUUUUUAAUGAAAUAUGCAGAUUUCUCUCUACAGUGUUGGUACUGCAAUCUAAUCCUUUUAAUAAUUACACUGUGCUAUAUAUUUGUUUUUAAUGGCUCUUAGACAAUCAUCAGUUGACAGGUAUGAGAACUCACUGAUUCCAGCGAAAACUUACAUUUUCAGCAAUCCUAAAGUUUUAACAUCUUGUUCAGGCUCUCUGUUUUUGGUGAAGGGGCUAAAAAUUUCAAGCACAUGUUUGGGAAAAAAUGAAUGAGGGGUAGUGAGAAAAUGGUUAUGGGGAGUUCUUUCUUGUGCUUUACUUAAAGAAAAUUUUCAAUCUCCUGGGAAGGUAACUUAAAUAUGUUCUAUUUCAAUUCGACAGAACCAAGCAUCAAUUUCUUCACAAAUAGCUUGUAAUCUAUUUUCAUUUGAAUCCUUUUUGAGGUCAGGGUUAUUUUCAUGUUCAUUAACAGUAUCCUUAACAGAGAAACUGCAAUUUUUGAGGCAUGUUUUCAUGUAACUGUGAUAAGUAAACUUUUGAUGAUAAAAUUAUGCCUUAUAAAGAGUCAAAGAAAAUGGGCGAAGAGCUAGAGGGACUGUCUCUACUUGUCCCUUUUAGGCAGGUGCCCGGUACACUGUAAUUCCUCUCUUACGAUGAGCUGCUAUUCCAUUACAAAUUCAAGCUCAGUGUUAGAGUAUGUUUACAGGAGUUUUAGUUCCCAGGCUCUCUUUGGCCUGGUUGGUUCUGGCAGUUGGUCAAAAGAGGUCAAAACUGAAAAACUAAAAAUAUCCCUAGUAGGCCAGGGCUUCCAGUGAAACCCAAAAAGUUCAAGGACCAAACAUUAAGCCCCCCCCCCAAAAAAAAAAUCCCAUGCCCAUAAUAUUCUUACACCGGAGUUCAUCAAAUAUUAAUCAUCCACAAAACAAGUUUGGUUGUACCCAAAAAAAUACUCGCCAAAUUUUCCUACCAAAAAUAUUUCAGUGGAAAAUUUUGAAUCCAAAAAAUAACUUUCGAUUACCUUGUCACUUAACUCAGGAGUAACCCCCUGGGGGUUUGGCUUAACCUAUUGCUAUCAUGUUGUUGGCACCCUUUAUGGAGAUUAGGGGUGAGACAGUAAUUGAAGCAAACAGUUCCUUGCCUAUGGAAUUAAAUACCAUGAUGAUUGUACACUGAUCAGUGUUCAUACUACCCAAUCCAACAGGUCAAGUAAAAAAUGCUACCUUUUUCAGGCCUGCAAUUUUUUUCUUUUUACAUACAUGUGGGAGAAAAUCCACCUUUAAUCAAUCAAACCAGAGCAUUUGUGGGACAGUUUGUUAUGCUGACACUUUUUUUCUUUAAAUUACUGUGCAAAUCUUCAGCUGUAAAAUUAUAGUCUUUACUAAUAUUUUAUCCAUCUGGUCAUGAUGUCUGAUGGCUGGUAGGAUUUUUUUUUCAGUCAUGGGCAAAAUUUAGUUAGGCAUUGUCCAAUUACUAAUUGUUAUUUGUAGCCCAACUACUUUAGUCCCAUAUUAAAUUGUUUUGUUUAUAUAAUGAUUCUACUACAGUGGAAGCUAUCCUAACGGACACUCUCAUAAAUGAACAGCUCUACUUAUGGCCAUCUUCACAAAACCCUGUUUUUCUCAACUCCAAUAAAAAUAUCUUUUUAUUUUUACAUUCCCCUGAGCGGCCAGCUUCAGUGAUGGACACCUUUUUUGCAUUCCAAGGGCGUCUGCUCACGAGAGCUUCCACUGUAUACCAAUGCAAGUCAUGUGUUAAAAGACAAAACUUGUAUGUCCGAAAACAAAAACUAAACAGAUUUACAGUGUAAGUGAAGUGUGAAAAAAUACCAACCAUGAUGAUGAUGAUGAUGACGAUUUAUCUCUUUUCAAUUAACUUACAAAGUUUCAGUAAAAAAAAUGAGAACUAUCAGUAGGACAGUUUAAUUGGCUGCACAAUAUAUUAAUAAAUACCAUCAUUCAAGAUAUUUGCAUCUCCUUGGCAUGUUUUUUUAAAUAUUCAUAUCUCAUGUUCAUUGAACUAGAUGUUCAAUAGACUAUCAUAUUUUGUGGACUAAUGAACCAACCUGAUAAUGUGCUCGAAAAUUUUAUUAAAGCUGUAAAAAUUUUAAAAAAUAGUUCUGUAGUUUUUCAGCAAUAAAUUGUAAAGAAAGUACACUGUAAAAUGUCUGUAAUAGUUUUUUUCACUUUCAGGCUUCUACAAUCUGUAGCAAAGAAUGGAGGCAUAUGCCUAAACAAAACAUUAUUCUUUAUUUUUGUAUUUAUUUAAGAAAAAUCUCCACAAUAGCUAGACUAUGGGUGUGUCAGCACUCCGAUUUCCUUAUGAGCAUUCCAAACAUAUUUAGAUUUAUGCACCACUGCCUUGAUGUUACGUGCUUUAACGAAUAUUGCACGCUUCAAAUUUAUUUUUUGUUAUAUUGUGAAAUAUACAGUAUUUAAAUGAACUGGUCCACACAUUCAGCAUUCCACUGAUUGUAAUUAUACUCGUAGAAGUAAAGGUUUUAUGUACAUUGAUAUUGCUUUUGAAUUUUUAUGAAUAUUUGUGUCUCAAUUAUUACCAGCUAUACUGCUUAAGAAUUUUAAGUUUUACAAGUUUUAGUCUUUGAUUGUUUAUAAAUCAGUGGGAAAAUAAGGAACGUCCUGUCUAUGUUUACAUCGUCAAUAUUUCUGUUUGUAGCAUGUCGUAUGCCUUCAGCUAGUCUUUUGUGACAUUCUUUUUGGUAGUUGAUGCAUGCACUAAUAUUGAAUAUUACAGAUUUCUGUUCAUGUGAUCAAAGAGACUUGGUACUUUCUUUUUUUAUGUUAAUGUGAUUUGGGCAGAGAUACGUCUUAAUGGUGUAACUGCUGAAUGACUACAUGUAAGUGAUGGUUAAGUAUUGUGGCCAAAUGUCUCAGUGUUGAAAAUUGUGGCCAAAUGUCUCAGUGUUAAAAAUUGGAGUGAAAGGCAAUGCUUAACAAUAAUUAUUAUUGUUGAUGCAGUUCUUGUAAUUCUUUNAUUUCUGUUUGUAGCAUGUCGUAUGCCUUCAGCUAGUCUUUUGUGACAUUCUUUUUGGUAGUUGAUGCAUGCACUAAUAUUGAAUAUUACAGAUUUCUGUUCAUGUGAUCAAAGAGACUUGGUACUUUCUUUUUUUAUGUUAAUGUGAUUUGGGCAGAGAUACGUCUUAAUGGUGUAACUGCUGAAUGACUACAUGUAAGUGAUGGUUAAGUAUUGUGGCCAAAUGUCUCAGUGUUGAAAAUUGUGGCCAAAUGUCUCAGUGUUAAAAAUUGGAGUGAAAGGCAAUGCUUAACAAUAAUUAUUAUUGUUGAUGCAGUUCUUGUAAUUCUUUAGCAGUGUAUUAAGUCAAAAACUUGUCAAACCAUUGAUUCUCGUUUUUUGAAACAUCCUUAGUGAUAAUUGGAUUUUACAUCUUCUGUCCUGUGUUUAUCUUUGCUUUAUUUCUCUUUUGUUUUUUUAAUUUUUUUAACAGUCUGUGUUAUGACAUGAGUGAGCAAAAUCAUAUGUUCAAAUUAAACUGUUAAAAUUUGUAAAAGCAAUGACGGUUACAUGAAAAAGAUUCCAAGAACAUGUUUUGAUAACCUUGUAACUGAUGGAAGGUUUAAGUUUGGCUUAAAUUUAUGACAUUCUGGAGUUUUAGAUUAGAGUUGUCAUGUAGCAAAAUAAUAAUACUCAUUUUAUGUUGUUAUAAAUUUGUUUUCUAUUCAACUGUUUCCUCCAAAAAAAUACUUGACAUUAGUAGAUUUCAGACUGAAGGAAUCAUCUAUUUCGUAACACAAGUCUGCUGGUUCAGUUGUAUGCAUAAUUCUACGCUGAUCAUGUUUCAUUACCAAAUCAAAACAGACUAGAAUUUUCUUUUAUAUUAUAAUAAUUGAUUAUCGAAGCGUUUAGGUGAUAAAGGUGAUAACUUUUUCACUCAGCUGUCUUUUAAUGUGAAAAUUAGACGAUUGUUAUGAGUGAUCAAAAUAAUUCUUGGAAUGUAUUUUGUGUUUGUACUUUGUGGUCAGUUACUAUAACAGUAACCGACCACAAAGUACAAACACAAAGUACAUUCCAAGAAUAGUUACUAUUGAUACAAAUUUUAACCGCAACAAUAAAAUCCAAGCUGCAAAACAGAAUAGAAUAUUAAAACUCAUGCUAACAAUCAUGUAUAUUGAUUAAUGGUGAAGAGACAAUGGAUUCAAACGAUUUAUUUUGGGUUGAUCCAGGAUCUUAAAGCAUCUACUAGGGUUUUUCUUGGUAUUAUUUUCGACAAACAUUUAUCUUAUUGUUUGGGUUUACAUCCAACUUAAGAGCAAUACUUCAUGUGGAGUUGGAAACACUUCUUUUGAUAUGGUUUGAACUACAUUUGUAUGAAAUUUUUAUGAUUGUAUUAGACUGUUACCAGCUUUUUAAAAUGAAGUUUAGUGGUAAAUGUGAUGUACAUAUGUGUAAAUGCUUUUUUAAGGUAAUUUCAGUAACAGUCAAUCAUACAGCCUAUUUGAACUACUGAGAUUUACAUUUGAAAGAUAUAAUGUUUUUUGCUGUUAGAAAAUAUGAAUCAGUACAGAGCUUGAACAGUGAGGCUGUGUCCUUAGUAGGCCAUGUGCUAGCAUAAUUACUGUAUUUUUUAUGCAGUGCUUGACUUUGAUAGUCAAAGAAGCUAUGUUACUAUUUCUCAUUAUUAAUAAUUUUAAAACCCUAAAGUAUAUGUCUUUGGCUUUCGAUGAAGGUUUCAUGGUUUCUCAACAUUAUACAAUGUACACUGCAGGAAAACUUCAUCAUCUUUUUUCCCCAAAAAAUGCCAACAGGGUUAUAUUUUAUGUAAGGGGGUUAAGUUCUGUCCAGAUCGCAAAAUGCUAAAACUUCCACCAUUUUGAUAAUUUGUUUCCGCCAGGUCUAUAUUCUCAUUUAAACUUAUGGUAAAAUGACAACGGCUUUACUGCCCAAAUAAUGCUGGCACUUUGCAGUGCACACACGCCAAUAGCGAACUUACACAACAGGGUGGGAGAGGGAAGAAGAUCGCAAACCUUGUGUGACAAGUAUGAUAAUAAGUUUGUUUGAAAUAACUUUUGGCCAAACUUUACUUCCCUUUAAACAGAUCUUUUUGUAAAAGACCAGAAAACAUUAACUUAAGUGAAGAUCACGACAUAACGCGCAAGUAUUCACCCUGUCACAUUUGUCACGCACAAGUGUGAUGCCGUCCUUUCCUUCCUGCAGUCCUGUUGUGUAAACUCACUCUUAACUGGUGUGUAUUCAGAAAAUCUCAUCCCCAUUGUCUUAUCUUGUAAUCUAAAGGUCUCUGAUGAUGUGUUCCAUAUCCACAGCAUAAGUCACCGUGUUUUGCUGUUUCAGGUUACUCCAGGCGGAAAAGCAGAUAUAUCUCAAUCUAUUGCUGUUGGUGAUGAGGUGAUAGCUAUUAAUGGUAUUGACUGUAUAUCUCGAUCUGAGGCGAUAGAGUUGGUUAGGUGCUCCAGACAGAAACUCAAAAUCAAGUUGCGAAGGUAAGCAAUGAAAAUUAUUGGAUAAUGAAUAUUCACACUGAUGGAAAUCCUUGAGUUUUAGUUGUUUUAAAUUUAUGUUUGUCAUACACAGUGUAGUCAAUGUCCCGUCCAGAACUAGUCAUUCUAUGAUGACGACAACAUUUUUCAAAAGAAGCAAAAAUUAUUGUGGAGAUUUGCAUCAUAGUUUUAAGUAACAUAUUUAACAAAGAAAUGUCUGAAGUGUUCCUUUGAGGACCAUGAGAAAUGAUAGAAGAAUAGUAUCAAGAAUAAAAUAUUAUUAUUUGUUGAUACAUGUAUACCUGUAUUAGAGCUUAAAAUGGUUUUAAAUGCUAUUAUCACAGCCGAAAGACAUCUUGCUAAUUUGGGGAUGCUAUUCAAGAAGGGUGGCCAUUUUGUUUUUUGUGCAAAAUUACCUCAUUUUCAUGCAAGCGUCUUGCAUUGUUUUUAAACUAUGUGAUAUCUCACAUUUUCUGUUGUUUUUUAAAACCCCGUAAUAGAUUUUGCAUGUUUUCUCUUGCCUCAAAAUCAUGAGAUUGAGAUCACACAAAAGUUGGGAUCUCUACACUUUUUAUUAAUCUUUGGAUUUUACUAAUUUUUAUUUUAAGGAAAAUUUAAUUGUUUUCAAUCCAUGCUUAUAAAUAAUGCUUUUAAAGUGUUGAAUAACCUGCACCACAGACAAAACCAAACUCUGGUUAAGUCUGUCUGCAAAACAGCACUAAAAUCCUUGUUCUGGGCCUCCACUUGUGUACCAGGAUUUGAGCACGCGCCAUGAUUGGCCUGUUAGAAAAGUCAUUGUCGAUUUGCCAAUCAGGAUGAAGGGAAAUUCGAAAAGCACUUCCGUUAAUUCGUCGAGUCCACUGGGGGCCCAUAACAUGUAUCUCAACACUGCUUCGCAGACAAACACUUUUGAUUUAUAUGUAAAUUACAUGAAUGUGGAAAUCUUUUCCCAGCAAGCCUGAUUUUUUCUCAGGCCUUCUUUAAGCAACUUCAUAAAAUGCUUCUUUGACUGCAAUGAUCUUCUUUGCUUUGAAUGCACAAAGACUUGCUCAAAAGCUAUUUAUUUCUUGCUCUCUCUCUUUAUUAGGGAAGGUGGCAGUGGAUCA